AUGAAUUCAUUUAAAUUUAAACAUUCAUCCUCUAAUGCAAAUUUGCAAAGUGCAGCCCAUAUAACUUUAAGACAAAUUUUAGAACCAAGCAAUGUUGAUUUAAGAUCGAAAAAAACACACAUUGUUUGUACACUUGGCCCUUCAUGCAAAUCAGUUGAAACUCUUGUAGAAUUAAUUGAUGCAGGAAUGGAUAUAUGUCGUUUUAAUUUUUCACAUGGAACACAUGAAGAUCAUAAAGAAAUGUUUAACAAUGUUUUAAAAGCACAACAACUCAGACCAAACUGCUUAUUAGGAAUGUUGUUAGAUACAAAAGGACCUGAAAUCAGGACAGGACUUUUAAAAAAUAAAGAAGUUCAUUUAAAAGAAGGUAGCAAAUUAAAAUUAGUUACUGAUUAUGACUUUUUAGGAGAUGAAACUUGUAUUGCUUGUUCAUAUAAAAAGUUACCUCAAAGUGUAAAAAAGGGAAAUAUUAUAUUAAUAGCAGAUGGUUCAGUUAGCUGCAAAGUAUUAGAAACACAUGAUGAUCAUGUAAUUACAGAAGUAUUAAAUAGUGCAACUAUUGGAGAAAAAAAAAAUAUGAAUUUACCAAAUGUAAAGGUUGAUUUGCCAAUUAUUAGUGAAAAAGAUAAAAACGAUAUUUUAAAUUUUGCUAUUCCUAUGGGAUGUAAUUUUAUAGCAGCAUCCUUUAUUCAGUCAGCUGAAGAUGUUCGUCUGAUAAGAAAUUUAUUAGGGCCAAGAGGAAGGCAUAUUAAAAUUAUACCUAAAAUAGAAAAUAUUGAAGGUAUUGUUCAUUUUGAUAAAAUCCUAGCAGAAUCAGAUGGUAUUAUGAUAGCAAGAGGAGAUUUAGGAAUGGAAAUAUCUCCAGAAAAAGUCUUCUUAGCUCAAAAAUUAAUGAUUUCAAAGUGCAACUUACAAGGAAAACCAAUAAUAACAGCUACUCAAAUGUUAGAAUCAAUGACAAAAAAUCCAAGACCUACUAGAGCAGAAGUGACAGAUGUAGCAAAUGCUGUCUUGGAUGGAACUGAUUGUGUUAUGCUAUCAGGUGAAACAGCUAGCGGAAAAUUUCCUAUUCAGGCUGUUACUAUAAUGUCAAAAAUUUGCAUAGAAGCAGAGGCAUGUAUUGAUUAUAAAUUAUUAUAUCAAUCUAUAGUGAAUGCAAUAGAUACACCUAUAAGUGUACAAGAAGCUGUAGCUAGAUCAGCAGUAGAAACAGCAGAAUCUAUUGAUGCUACUUUAAUUAUAGCCUUAACUGAAACAGGAUAUACUGCUAGAUUAAUUGCUAAAUACAAACCUAGUUGUAGAAUAUUAGCUCUUAGUGCAUCUGAAUCAACAGUUAGAUGCUUAAGUAUACAUAGAGGAAUUACAUGUAUUAAAGUUGGAUCAUUUCAAGGUACAGAUGUUGUUUUAAGAAAUGCCUUAGAAAUUGCUAAAGAAAGAAAUUUGGUUAAAGUAGGUGAUAGCGUCAUUGCUAUUCAUGGUAUUAAAGAAGAAGUUGCUGGUGGUACUAACUUAAUGAAAGUUGUUCAAAUAGAGUAA